AUACCACGUUGUGAAUUGGAAACAUGUUGUGAAAUAUAGUGAAUGAAAACAGAACAACAACAUGCAGGAAUCAGGUGACCAGGCUGCAGCAGAGGAAGUAGCGCGGCCUCAAUUUGGAAAUAGACUCUUAACAGAUUCCAAAAAUGUGUUUGAACAUAAUGCAUGAUGAGUGCACUGUAUAGAAAUCUGUUUAGAAAGACUAGGCCUGCUAUAUUGAGAUCACAGAAAUUUUUCAGACUUGACUCGACCCACAGUUUCAGCAAUACUAAUCUUCACUGUAAAGCUUCCAGCAAAAAUCGACCUCCAUAUGGAGCCAGGCCCUUGGUUGACCCUGAUAAAGUCUUUCUCUUCAACAAUUGGGACAAUGUUGUGUGGGAUGAAGAACAGGAAAUGGAUGCCAUGAGAGUUACUUCACAGCAACUUCAGGACCAGCUGUCAGAGGAACAACAAGAUGAGUAUGAUAAUAAUGCUGGAGAUUAUUGGAACAAAUUCUACAACCAACACAAUAACAGGUUCUUUAAGGACAGACACUGGCUCUUCACAGAAUUCCCAGAACUGGCACCAGAGUGUGUCUCUCAAGAAGGAUCACAUGACUCUCAAAUGAACAAUGAAGACAGUGCCCAAAGAAAUGAUGGACAGGUCCAAGCACCUGGUGGAGAGGGUGAUGUCCCUGAAAGUGUGACAACACAGGACUCGGCUCAAAUCAAGGACAAAUGUAACAGUGUCGACAACAACUCUACACAAAGUGUUUCUGUGUGUGCAGACACCGAUGAUACCACUUGUGAGGGUGAAUCUGGUUUUCCUGGACAGUGUGCAAAGUUCAGAAUAUUUGAGGUUGGGUGUGGAGUAGGCAACACUGUGUUCCCCGUCCUCCGUACAAACAACGACCCUAACUUAAUGGUUUAUUGCUGUGACUUUUCAUCCACUGCCAUACAACUUGUUAAGGAACAUCCAGAGUAUACCUCAAAGAGAUGCCACGCCUUUGUGUGCGACAUCACCGACAGCUCAACACCUUUACCCUUCCCAGAGGCGAGUCUCGAUCUGGUCAUCCUCAUAUUUGUUUUGUCAGCAAUUCACCCAGAACGAAUGCAGCAUGUUAUUGACACAUUAGCCAAGCAUCUGAAGCCAGGAGGGACAAUCAUGUUUCGUGAUUAUGGCCGAUAUGAUUUAGCACAACUACGGUUCAAAAAAGGUAGAUGUCUAUCGGAGAACUUCUAUGUACGGGGAGAUGGAACCAGGGUGUAUUUCUUCACCCAAGAUGAAUUAAAAGACAUGUUUACGAAAGCAGGUUUAAAAGAAAAACAGAACUACAUUGACAGACGACUACAGGUGAAUCGAGGACGACAACUCAAGAUGUAUCGGGUGUGGAUUCAGUGUAAAUACACAAAACCUGACUGUACACAGGUUCAUGUAACUGGUGAUGAAGGGGAGACAACCCAAAAUGUAUCCGGUGUGGAUGGUACGCUGACCCCAGAGGUCGCUGGUGACCAAGGGGAGAUAACUCAAGAUACACCAAGUGUGGAUUCAGUAUAAAUGUACACACCAGAUAACAAGGCCUUUGAUACCACACUAUUAGAGCACAGUUUUCGUUUAUCAAAGUCAAAAUGGUUGGACCAGAUUUGUUCUUGUAUGAUAUAAGGACGGACCUGGUGAUUUUUGUUGUUUUCCGACGAGCCUUGACAAAGACUUUCUAGGCCUGUAUUAACAUUGACAGGUCCGUCAAGAGCUAUAUCUGAAAUAUUACACAUUACACAUUAUCUGCAUGAACAAACAGGAUCCUGGUCUCUGGAACUGAGAAGCAGACGUCGGAUGCCUAUUCACCUUUAAGAAGUCGGGAAUACAGUGUACUUCUGGUUUACAAAUAUUCUUUGGGCAAUUCAAGAGAAACAUCAAAAAAACAUUUGAAGAUGGAAUUGAACAUUUUAUUUUUGUGUUUUAAAUGACUCUGUUCCAUCUUGCACAUACUUAUUCUGGAAUUUACACGAGGCAUUUUAAUAUAAUUGUGUGUGCACAAUAAAAAAUAUCUCAGAAAUGUGCAUCUGUAGAUCUGAUGUUGAUCUGAUACUUGAGAAAGCAAAACAUUCUGGGCUUUUAUCUACAGUGAUUGCCAGGUAUUUGUUGUUUUUAUGAAAAAUCAAAAAUGGAAAUUUUACAACAAGAAAUGUAAUACUAAUAAUUAAUGACAAACUCUUGUUAUAGUACAUACAUUCAUCUGUACAAAAUGUGUAGAAAAUCUGUCAGAGAAUAAAGUGUUUUUAUUUAUUCAUUCGUUUCUUAUAUGUGUGACUGAAAAUGGGAUUU